AUGAGGCUGCUGAUGUGUGGAAAUGUGGUUAUUCCCUCACAUCGGAUGGGUAUGGAAGGGGUGAUGGAAGAGAGAGGAACGAUUCCUUUUUCUUUGGUCCAGUUUCCCUUAUGGGAGUCCUUAAAAGCCCUCUGGUCCUGGAGGCAGGAUCAUGUGGUGGAUUCUUGGCAGUCAGCAGUCUGUGGAGCUUUUGCAGGUGGCUUUGCUGCUGCAGUCACCACACCUCUAGAUGUGGCAAAGACAAGAAUUAUGCUGGCAAAGGCUGGCUCCAGCACUGCUAGUGGGAACGUGCUCUCUGCCCUGCACAGGGUCUGGCGCUCACAGGGGCUGGCAGGAUUAUUUGCAGGUGUCUUCCCUCGAAUAACAGCCAUCAGUCUGGGAGGUUUCAUCUUUCUGGGGACUUAUGACCAGACGCACAACUUGCUGUUGGAAGUUGGCAGAAAGAGUUCUUGAAGCAGAGACAGCCUCACCUCCACUUCUGUCAAGAGAGGGGCCUGCAGUGUAAACCCUCCUUCUGCUGAGCAGCUGUCUGAGCUACAGGCCCCAGUGCCAGCGAACAGUUCUGCCAAGAUGCUGGCAUCGAAAUUGUGCCAUCUGUGGUAUAGGCUGGCUAGUAUAAAGUCAGUGGCCUUUAUGCCAGAAAAGAGAAGAAAAUGUGGUCCCUGGCGGUACUGUGAACCGUUUCCUCAGAACCUCUUAAUAAAUACGUUUGGUAAUGCUGAGGCCAGGCCUUUCAGAGCUUU